GGCGUUAACGAAUGCGCCAUGUUUCUUCUGAUGUGUGUACGAGCGUUGGAGAAAAGUUUUCGAGCGUAAUUCCGCAUGCAAGCAAAAUGGCUGAUGAUGAUCCGUGGCUCCUGAAGGAAGACGGUUGCUUGAACGUGGACACCGAGUGCAAGAGCAUAAUCUAUCACGCCAGUACAAACGUGCUACUUAUCACCACUGGCAGCGCACAAGUAUACGUGUUCGAUGUAAACUCCGGCGUGAUCUUGCAGAGAAGUUGUCUGUCUGGUAAACCAAAAGGAAAGUUGCAAGGAAUAUAUUUAUCCGAUGGAAUAGACAAAGUAUUAUAUACAGAUGGACGUGGGAUUGGUAUCCGUAGCGAUUACAAUGGAGUGUUACUAUUGGAUACAAUUUUGCAAACUCCAGUUUCGAAAAGCGAAGAUACUGUAAAAUUGGAACUUCUGUUGUCGGAAGCUACAAUACUGCUUCAAUGCCUACAGUGUAUAGAGUUACCAGGAGUAGAACAUUUGCUAGAGGUUGUGCAGGAGCUCUCGAAUAAAAUUGUUGCCGCGCAAGCGACACAGAAAAAGGGUAUUAAGGCUCAAAAAUGGAACACGAUUUGUUUGGAACUACCUCACGGAUCUUUGAAGCUCGUGUGCUCAGGUUUGGUGAUGGAGUUGAAGAGGCAAAAUCGGCAUAUAGCAGCACUGCCGAUUGCUUCUGCGAUUAAUGAACGACUAAAUGGCCUAUUGCCUAGUCUUGUGUUAGAAGGAGGUCCCACUGACCGAGCGUUAAUGUUUAGCGAAGCAGCGCGUCGUAACACUUUUCCAAAAUGGCCACACAUGAAUUACAAGUGGGCUCUGCCAGAUCAGAUGGCACAGGCUGGUUUUUAUCACGAACCAAAUGCGACAGGUGAUGACCGUGCCAUGUGUUUUACCUGUAAUGUUUGUUUGGUAUGCUGGGAGCCAACAGAUGAGCCGUGGUCGGAACAUGAGAGACAUUCUCCAGCAUGUCCUUUUGUCAAGGGCGAAUACACGCAGAAUGUUCCGUUUUCUGUGACCCUAGCGACCGCUCCUGCUCGCGAGGCAGGAGAUACGGUCGAUGUCAUAGGUACUACUAACGUCACUGGCCUCGUGGCUACAGCCUCUUCCAAUGGUUUUGUAAAUAUUUGGAAUAUAACAAAUCAAUUAAAGAGAGAAGUUUCGUUUUACGUAUCGCUCCUGGAUCAAGAGGUAAACAACAAAGAAUUGAUACAGUUUUGCGCUACAAGAAAUUUGCCAGCUCCAUAUUUGAAUCUAGGUUCAGAUACCGAAACACUAUCGGAAUACAAACCUUCGUCGUUUGGCAAGGUCCAACUUACAGCGCUUUCUGUGGUAGGAUCUCCGAAAGAAAGAGCAAACGGCGUUAGCUUUACUUCCUCGUCGUCUAUAAAUAACGAGACAUCAGACCAGAAAAUCCGACCGUGUUUAGUGUGCGGGGUUACAGUGAUAGUUAAUAAUUCCUCGCAAGUAAGAACUUUAGAAAACGUGUGGGCUGCUUCGAGCGAUCUAGCGAGCUCGUCAUCUCUGGUUCGCGCGAUGAACAGUGUAAAUAGUGCUGCCAGUGAUACACUAGAUAUAAUGAAAGUAGCUGGUGAUAGGUACAUAUCGUCGAGAUUGCAUUACUUAGUAUUAUAUGACUUCCAUCAUAAAGCCGCGACCGCGCAUGCCAUGAAGGAAGACAACUCUAAAGAGUCCAAAACUAAGAAGACUCUGUCCGGGACUGGAACGAGUACGAGUUCAAACGGCGGGCGCCAAGAGAGCUUGUAUCAGGAACUUCUUCUCAGUAAAUUUUUAUACGAGGUGCCAGUAAUCGAAGAUGUGGACUCGGAUAUGGUCGCUCCGCCGUACGAAGGUGGUAUCUUUCCGAGUACCACUCUACUCGAUUAUAAAACCGAUUAUAAAACUACUUCGUCCUCCAACUGCAUUUAUUCGAAUUCUAUUGGUAUUUCCAUUGGUCCCGCUCCGACAACAUCAACCCCUUACGAUCCCAAUUUCCCUUCAAUCAAUGGCUCGGCUAACUUCGCAUCAACAUCGGAUUUGACAACAAUGACGAAAAAAGGCUUGGAUAUUACAUUGAAAAUAACCAAAAAAGCCGAACCGGUAGUCGUCGAGACGCUGGCAAUAAACGCCCCGGAUUCUCUUCGCAUCACGUACAUAACUCCGUCUAAGGAUGGCAGACAUUUGUACGUAGCUAUGUGUCCCGCGGCGUCAAACACUUCCACCGAGUCCUCUUCCUCGUCAUUGAACACCAAUCAAAUGGACGUUGACGAUGAAAGUGAUUUCUUCCCGCAAAAGAGCUACAUGUACUGGGACCACCAUGACGGUCCGUCAAUAUCCAGCAAUGUGAUCAACGGCGAAAUUCGCAACGACAACAGUACGAAUGCAUUGUUGCUCGUCUAUGCGUUGGAUUUUUCAGGACCAGUUGUCAAAGUGGCCACAGAACCGCUGAUGAAGAGAGAGUUACCUUCAGAACAAGCACCGGUGGAACAUGUGCUUCUUCCUCUUCAGGAGAAACAAGAAUGCGCUGUAUCUUCUACUAAUUCCGGUGUAUCUGCUGGUCAGGUGCCUGUUGGACAAGUUGCCCUAGUAUGUCGAGACGGUGUGGUAAGAUUGUUGAAUUUAAGCACUCUGAAGACUGUGACAGAGGCGAGAAUAGACGGCAAGAAAUUCAUCUCCGCGACCUAUUGCAACAGUUUGGAGAGGCUCUGUGUGUGCACGAGCGACGGCACGUUGCAUUUCUUUAUUACAGCGGACGAAGAGGAUUCCACCGAGGAAAAAGAGACUGGUGACGACGUGACGAUGAGCACCGCUGAAGGAAGCUAUACCGGCGAGAAUACAGUUCCUAGUACGUCAACAUCGUCCGUCUGUCACGAUCAAUUACUGGCGCACAAAUCCACAUUUUCCUACUCAGACUUACGACUCUUGUAUGAACUCACGAGAUUUGAUCGACAUUCCCCCGCAUACAGCGCGACCGUUCCACCUUGUUGGAGCGAGAUGAUGCAGGCUCAAAGACAACGACGCCAUCCGCAGCAUCUUCAUCAGUCGGAGGAUCAGCAUCACACGAGAACUUGGCGAUUACAGAAUGACACGACUACUUGGGACGAGCACGUGUUCGAGCUUACUCUACCUCGAAAUGCAGCGGGAAAUAUAGGACACGUUGAUGUAAGAUUUACAUUGCACGCGUUGUGCCAGGAAUUGCCAACUAUUCAAGUCACUCUGCUCAAGCAGAAUAUGAAGAGAAUCGGACAACAGAAGACACAAUCCACACCGGUGGACGAGAGAAUCGAUUUCAAUAUAGGAACCGAUCAGAAGAACGAAAAUCCUAUAGUCACAGAGGAGUAUCAGCGUCAGCACAACACUGAGAUUCUCUGUGGCCCUAUCGACCUGCACCGUUGUAUGGAUUUGUCCUGUCGUUCGGGAUGUGUGACGUUAACAAGUCCGAAAUUAUUCCGUUCAAAGGCGAGAACAUUGCUGGUGCACAUCAAAACUUUGAUAGAUCAGAAAGAGGGAGCACCGCCCAAGUCGAAGGCGAAUCUGGCUGAAAGUAAACCACCCACUUGUAAGAAAUUGAAGAUAUUCGAAGUACGUCCACUAGUACCUCCGCAAACGGCUAACGCCGGUGAACGAUGCGACGAAGGUGCGAAUAGCAAGAAAUUGGGGUGCUACGUCGGCUGCAACUGGAUUCACGAGAUUUCCAUCACACUGAGAUCCGUAUAUCCCACGGGCAUACCUAACGAAAGAUUGCAGAGAUGCGCCAUGCUCGAGUCCAAAACCUUCGUCGAUAAUCUUCUGAACGUCGCCUGUUUGCAAGGACCGGCCGACUCUCCCGUCGUGCAGUCUAUCGCUCUCGAUGUUCUGAUAUGGGUUACAUCAAUAAGAUUGACAAGAUUGCGCUGUGUACAGAAUAGUGCGGAGAUGAAAGCUCUUCAAUUGGACACUAUACGUUCCGUGCAGGGACGACUAUCGAGCUUACUGCGAACCUGUCUGUUGCACGCCGGCAGGAGCGUAGCGCACAAAUGCGUCAAACUGAUCGUUCUUUGCAGCGGAGGAUUUUACAAUAUAGAAGAAUCGCCGUCUCCUACCUUCGACGAGGCCAUGCUUACGGUUUUGGUCAACUUGUUGCCGUCGAUUGUUGAAGUUCACUGGGCCGGUUCGCUGAGAUGGCUUCAAUUGCUCAUCACCAGAUUUCUGCCGCUGGAUAGAAAUCACAGCAUCGCCCAGAAGUGUCUCACUUUAGUGCAACAGAUAGCGAACGAACUAUCUAAUAGAGUAAAUCCUUACCACUUGUUGCUUGCGACAAGGUUCGGAUUAUACAACACGCCCUUCGAAACGGAACUUUUUGACCUGGAACCACCAAUGUUACCAAAGUUUAGCUCAAUGCCUGUGACAUACGCAUCCGUUGUAGCAAACGAACAAACAGGCCCGUCUGUUGCCUCAUCGGGUGCUCCGCACUCGUCUAAAAUGUACUCACAAGAUUCGAUCGAUCUGAGGGACUUGCUUACCUUACCCGCACACCCUGCCAGUGAAUUUGUGAUAUCCGGCAAAUUGAAGGCAUUGUGCACGAAUCAUAACAUGAAAGGUCUUCUCGAGGUUGAACCUCUUCAUUUCACUUGUCACGCCGCUUCUGACGGCACCAAGAUGGAAAAGAUCGAUCCUGGUAUGAGUACAAUUAAUAUCGGACCGGCAACUCUGUACGAUAGUACGGCGACAAGCAACAAUGGAGUGCCCGAUAUUAAAACGAUACAUCAUACCUAUAACUUGGACGCUGGAUCGCUAGGACCACACGUUCAGGCUAAAUCGACAGCUACAUUUAGCGAUCUCCAGUGUAUGUAUACGGGGAGAGUAAAGAAGUCGUUCUCGCAACUAUUCCUUGAUGAACAGUCAGACUGUGACGAAGCUAUCGAUAUGUCUGGCGACAACCAGACUUGGCAUAGCGCGGAAAGCAAUAUGCCUUCGCGCAUGUUAAGUUUCUUUAACGACAAGUUAAGCGAACGAAAAGUAACGAAAGAAAAGUCAUCUGUACAAAAUGUCAAUACCGCUGUAAACAAAGUUGAGGAGAGCAAUCCUAAAAAGCGGGAAGAUAUUACAUUUCCAUGGGGCAGGUUAUUGUGUUGGCCGCCUCAACAAGCGUUGGUCGUCGAGCGAAUGCACUCGGGAGCACGUCGAUUCGUGAUUUUAGACUUUGGAUCACCUGUACUGCUGACCGAUCUAAUGAUUCCCUCGUGCAAUGAUCUAGUGUCGCUGUCCAUAGAUAUCUGGACCAAAAGCGAAGAGACAGAUGGGACGCGACUUAUUGUCGCUGGCGACAUUGGAUGUAAACCUCUGAUUGUAUGUGAUUUGCAGCCGCCACCUGUGUGCAGAUAUCUUAAGAUCACUACGAUAGGACGCUACGGAAUGUCUACGACUACGUGUAAAAUACCGUUGGGAGUAUUUUACGGUCACAUGGUUGUUUUACCCGGGGAAGAUUACUCCGAGCUGAGCGACUCUUUGUCCUUUGACACCAAUAUACUCGAUCCUUCUGUACAGCUUACUAUCGACACGCAAUGCAACAUAUUGUCAGCUUUAGCUGAAGAUGUACAAUGCAGAUUUAGUUUAGCUGCUGAGAGAUUAAAGGCGUUGUUGGAUCCGCUGCUUUGUUCGGAAACGCCUAAUGUUAUUCACAUGCAAAAUUAUCUUUAUCAUAAUAAAAUAUCUAGCGAAGGUAAGGAACAGCCGUCGACGAAGAUAAUGACAACAUAUCAGGAGUGCAUUAUGUUCCAACAUCAGUUGAAUGUUGUACGAGGUGUUUGGCGGCGUCUAGAAGCGUGGAAAGGUUUGCGAAAUGCGCCAACGACGUCGUUCGCGAACGCACCCAAUGACAAAUUACGAAUUCUUGGAGAAACUUUGCUUGAUAUUUUGUUGUACACUGUGUACGAAAUUGGUCCUAGUAUAUAUCGACCUACGUCGUUAUAUGAAAUUUUCACUCCGACAAUUUGCGAGAAGUUCUUUCACUCGAUAUGCGUCGUAACGCCAGCGCCACGUUUACAGCUUCAUGCCGUCGCGCUCUUAGCCGGUAUGGCGGGACACCAACCGUGGUGGGGCAACUUUUUGUCUAAUACUUUGAUAAAUCUUUAUUCGUCGUCGUCGACUUACAUUUUUCCGCAAGACAGAGUGUUCAUUUUGUUAACAUUUUUGGGACGGAAGUCCUUGAUAGCCGGAGGAAGUAAGUCCUCGGUUAUCGAAGCUAUGGUUCGUACAUUGGGCAAAUUAUUGGAGCCUCUUACGAAUGCGCGACCGUCUGACUCCAAUCGAUUGGAUAUUACUUUAAUAGGCUGGGUAUUGUUGUUCCUGUCGGUUUGUUUGGACACUAUCGCUCCGCCACCCUGCUUGGAAGAUAAUCACGAAAAAACUAGAGAACAAGGUUUGUUUUCCCGCUGGGAAUUUAUUCAAGGAGAAUCAGCCAUGCAAAGAAGAUAUGUCAAUGCUAAUCGGUCGUCAGCUUCUCGUAGUUAUCGUAAGAGAUUGCAAAAACGUUUAUUGCAUCACAAACAGCAGCUUCAUGAAUUAGAGCAGGCAAAAAAGUCUGCAGCGUCCAAGGGAUUGAUGACUCUUUCGUCGGAUGCCGCUACCUUGUACAACAAAGUUGAAGCGACUCUGAAGGUUCAAGAACGUUAUUUCAAGAAAACGUUAAAACAACAUUCUGCGAAGCAUUACAAGGAAAUAUUUAAGAGAAAUGAAGCGUUGCUUCGCAGUCCGUGCUCCGGUCAAGCGCGAUCCAGUGUCAGCAAAUCGGACGUUAUGGACGUGGAAGUCGAGUACAAUGUCACAAACUUACCGCAUCAGCAUGUAUUGCCGGUGGCGCGCGGUCUUGUUGCGCUUAUUUUACACAAUUCAGCUAAUGUGGACAUGUUUCUGCUAGCUUGCAAGAUAGUCGCUAGACUAGUGGUAUCUACACGCCCUGCAAUUGGUUUGAGCGAACUUAUGACCGAGGGACAACUUUUAAAAUUAAUCAGAUUAGCAACGGACACAUCGGACGUAGCGUGGUCGUCACAUGCCGUUUCCUGUCUUUUAAUGGACUUGCUGGAAGGCGGACGAUUGUAUCCCAAAGCGUGUUCAACUCAUGAAAGUAGCCCACCCGAGGAGAAUUUGGAGUCACUGGGAAGCCAGACGGAAGAAAGUCGCGCGACGGAAGAGGAUUCCCUCGCGGGUACCAGUGCUGCUUCAACCACUCCGUUAACUGAGGGAUUCGUUGAAGGCGAUGCUGACGAAGACGCGCAAGACAACAUUGUGAUGACCUCGAAUACCGCCAGUACAUCAAAAUCGAAUGGUUAUCUGCCAUCUCUUUUAGAAUCCGACGACAGCGAACUUGAAGAUUUUCUAGACGAUAUAAUAGAACAACGUAGCAAAAAUAUGUAUAUAAUAAAGAAGGAUAGCACAGUAUCAAAAAUAUUAACUUCCGCCAUUACUGGGAGUAUUUCUUUGGCAAUGGACGCACGAUUGGAAUAUGGAGUUGAAAUGUGUGUGGAGAUAUCGCUGAGAAUACUGUCUACCGUUGGCAUGUACAAUCUGCCUCACAGUAUAAAUACGACGAUACACGUGCCAGCAGAAGCAAAUCGGAGCAAUCAGCAAUCACGAACGGAAACGAGCGAAAGAAAUCAGGAAGUCGGGAACUUUUCCGAUCCCACUCCUUCUAAUCUUUCAAUGUUAACGAGAUGUUUUAAUGAAACAUUCACAGACUUGUAUCUACGGAGUAACAGUAAGAAUUUGGAACUUGUUCUCCAACUGUGGUUCGCACUGAAUAUGGACGCUACUGGCGAACAUCCAGGACCUCAGUUUGAUGCUUCUUUGACACCUUUAAUUCCGCUUAGUCCAGCAGCUAUUUCUAGCUUAAUAUCCGCCCUAUCUUGGCAAACUGGGAUUUCUUUGCGCACUUGGUGUCUUGCGUUACAGUGUCUAACUAUUGUCUGUAACCAACCGCUUCGAAGAUAUUCCGGGUUAGAUGGCUUUUCUCCCAGUCCUUGUAUGGCUAAUUGCAUUGUUAAAAAUCGCAAUACGGGCCCUAUGUUGUUGCGCCUACUUUCCGGCAGUGGAUUAAACAUCAAUACGAUGGAUAAGCAAUACAUUAUGGCUGGGCCUACAGUCUGUCAAGCGCUACACGAUUUCCUCAUUAGACUGGAAAUGAUGUGUGAUGUUAUCACCACAGACAGUAGUUUUGGGAAUUCCCUAAAGAAACUUCUGCUGAAAGUGGUGUAUCAACUCGUGCAACCAGACGGACCCCUUAUAUCAAGGAAGGGACCUUUAGAUGCACAAUGCAAAUUAAUAAGUUCCGUAGUUAAUUUAAAUUACGUCAAUACCGACUUGGACACUGCCAUGAGCAUAUCUGAAUGCGUUGGUGUAUUGGUUUCUACUUAUUUCAAGGGAUUCGGAGUUGGCGUACAUUGCGGAGGUGCGGUCGAUUCGGCCAAUCAGUCCGGUGGUUUUGGCGGUUUGUUCGCUUACGUGCUUGGUGGCGAUACGAGACAAUGCCGUCCCGCAUCGUGGGACACAUUAAUUGUAGCUCUUAUUAAAUUAGUUUGUACACUCAUUCAGACUCCGUUACCAUAUGCUCAUCAAGAUUACUCGGAGGAGUCGGCGGAAGUCGAAUUGUCCGAAGGGACAUGGAAUUCUAGCAACGGAAACGAUUCUCAUGUUCUCAGCUGGCAAACGGACGAGAGCAAAGCGGCGGAACAACAAACCUCGUGUCGUCUGCAACAACCCAAAACUAACAAAUCUUCUCGACCUUGCUUUGCCGAUACCGUUUUGCAGCACGAGCCGACUAUGAUGCGCUUACUGGGCGCUCUCGGCCAUAGCACCGGAUCUUCAUUGGCUAUGCUCUUGGGCGAGAACGCGAGUGCGGCAUCGACUACUGAACUCGGCGAUCCAGCUUCGAUUCCGGACGCUACAUUCCAACUUCUAACGACUCUCACGAAAAAAGCCAGCGAACCUACACUGGUUCUCAAGCCGCUUUACCAUUAUCUGUCUUCGUCAUCCGAAGAAACCGAGUUGGGAGUGAUGCAAUUGUCCGAGCCUCUUCUUUGGUAUAUUCUGCGAGUAUUGGACAAUCCGUCAUCGUUAUCCAUUUUCACCGCAAUGGGUGGUGUCAAAGUGCUUUGCGAGAAUUUAGUGAAGUCGAGUAACAGUGGCGCUUCCACAGCCUCUGCUUCGCCUGGAGUGAUUGCUCUCGUCAUGGAACAUUUGUCGAAUGCGCCUAACGUCAUGCAAGUGAUGGCGAGCAGUAGCAAGAAGGGAGUCAGUACACUGGAAACCCAUGACGACGGUUUAUUGAACUUCGCACCUCUUGGCACGAUAUCAUGGCUGAAUCCGACCGCGCAAGCAGCGGACGUUCUGAUACAAAAUGCCACCUCGCACAAACGCGCGAGAACGCCAGCAUGGUCCUAUCACUUCUAUCCUGACGAGGCGUGGGUCGAUCUCACGAUUAUUUUGCCAUGUGCUAUUUUGCUUAAAAAGGUGGAACUGCAACCGCAUCACACGGCGUUGUCUACGUGUCCUUCAGCCGUGGCGCUCGAAGUGUCAAGAGAAAGUAAUGGACUACUUACACCAGUUUGUCCGCCAAUGCCAACGGCGGGUUUGACGUACAUACGUAUCACGCUGUCCCAACCGGAGGUCGCGACUUCCGUAUUAGUGCGUUUGUACAAACCUCGCGACUCGACCAAUAUAAAUCUCAGUCAAAUAAGAUUGUUAGGCACCACUGCAUUUGGUGAAAUCAAAACAAAUCCCGAUGGAAUAGACGAGGAACAACUGACGAAGACCAGUUUGGGUUGGCUGCGAUUGUUGCAUCAAUGCUUAUCGGUGAGCACACUGAAUAGCAAUUUGGCCGUCGAGGUGCUUAAUUCCGCGGCUUCGGUCGAAGGCCUGGUCGAGGCAUGUUGCAACCUCCUGUUACUCCCAGCACCGUCUCUCUUCACUCCCAAUCUGGAAAGAGUUCUAUUACAACUCGGCUUACACUCUCGAGAGCUUGGACUCCGUCUCAUUGGUCUUUUGCUCAACAACAGAUCUACUCCUUUCCUUCAAGGGGCCGUAAAUUCCCAGGAAACGUCUAUUGUACAGUUAGUUGUUGAGUUGCUCCAACAACUCUGUUCCAUUCGAGAUUCCAGCACGGAAGCUCGCAUGAAGACCGUUCUCACGUGGCUGCAAACCGCGGCCGCCAAUGAAACACCUAUUACGAACUUUAACGCGUCCGUGAAUCCACCACCGGCUGUGUAUAUUCACUGUAUAUCUUCCAUCAUUUGGAAGACUCAUCAGCAACAAAAUCACAAUUACGAUCUGCAAGUUCUACUGACGGACGAACUGUUCUACUCGCUGUACAAGUGGACUUUGCUUCUCGGGAGCAACUCGGCUUUGAAACAAGCGAUCGAUUCUGUCUUGUGCGCUUUCUGCUACGUGAGGCCGUCGCUCUUGUGUCUGCUCUUGGAAUGGGUGCAAGUACUGGCACCGAAUACCGCGACGCAUCCGUCGAUGGCCAUGUCCGACAACUGUAAGGAGAGCGAGCAAACGGAUGAUAAAAAGAACAAAACCAAUGUCCCAGAAUGGCAUUGCCAGUUCGCGUUGCUGAAACACAAACGAUGUUUACAUCUGACGGAAGGACAGUUGUUGACUGUGGCCGCGGCGGCGCGUUCUCCACCCGGCAUUCAACAACUGAUCGAUUCCGGUCUUCCAGCCUCGCUUACGGCAUCAAUUACAGACUUCUGCAACUUUGAAAAAACCAAACAUCAGCGAAGCAGUAGAAUGGCGUCGGGUGAUACUAAGGAAAGUAACGUGACUGAAGAUGUUUCCUCAACGGACAACGAUAAAGCAGCAGAUUUCAGUUCCAGAUCGAAUAACCACUCUAAUGGAUUGUGCAUGACAAAGCCAGAAAGUAUAGCGGUAGUUAUAGAAUUCUUGACACUUGUGUGCUCGGAAGGAAGAAUGCGCGACUGGCUUGGCAAGGAAGGUUCUGAUUUCUGGUUACCUCUUCUGUCACUUCUUAGCAAUCGUCCUAUUGAAGGUCCAUCCGCGUCAUCGUCGAGUUGCUCGAAAAUAAGCGCGUCAUAUGUGUCCUUGGAAAGCGCCAUGAUUAAAUUCCUGUCGAGGUGUUGCUGGUGCCAUCUGGAAAAUCAGAAGCUGCUGGCCAAAUUUUUAACUGAAGUUAUUUCUCAACAACGAAUUACUUCUAAUGUGCGAUAUCUCCAUGGCAUUUCUGGAUUCACGCGACGAUUAAUUCUGCAACUGCUGUUGGAGGGAGAAAAAGUGUUGGUUUCCGUAACGUCAGAAGCGCCCAUGAAAGUUUCAGCAACCGCAGCCAAUUACAGCAUGCCAUCUAUGCCACCACAUCCCGCUCAUCCUCUUGGUCAUUAUCACCAAUUGUUGUACAUGUCUACACAAGCAACAGUCGCAGAUAUAUUGCAACAAGUAUCAGGAACGUGGCUUCUCUUGCUGCUUCCAAGCGCGUACAAAGGUAACGAAGCAACUUCUAACGGAAAUAACCGCUCGCGGGAAUUGUGGGAAACCGGAAUGGCAUUAGUAGUGGACACGCUCAGUGUGGCCGCCGGGAAUACGGCGAAAGACAAACGGGCCAAGGAAGCAUCGAGCAGAUCUCAAACUCGUGGUCCUAUCAUUAGGAAAUCUCGUUUGAACAGUGAUGGAACGCCGGCAACGAGCAAAGCCUCAAUUAAUAAUGUUCAAGCGAGUCCUGCCAACACAACCAAUCAACAAUAUCUGAUACAUUCGUCUCAUCCGAACACCCCUCUGCCGCCACAACUUACGAUUGCGCAACUUUUGGCAAUAGCCGAGGACAGUGGCGUUUCGUUGUCCGAUCCGUGUUUACAUCUGAUCUUACGUCAACGUAACAAAGAUUCAAAAGAAGACACAGCGAAACAAAACAACGAACUGUUGAACUACAGAAGCAUAGAGAACUCACUGAGCGUUUUCAGCGCCGGUGGUGGAUUAGCGGUGUUGGCGCGUCACUUACCGUUGGUGUACCCGGAUCUCGGCAGACCGUCGUUUUUCGUUGAAAAGUCGCCGUCGCCCGAACAAAUGGACGCUGACUGGGUAAAAUUGGGAAGCACCGACGACAUUUAUUACGGCGCUCUGGCGGACAGUAGAAUAGAUUGCACGCCAAAAGCGUCGAUUCCCGCUCCGUACGUGCCGCCGCAUUCUCUCGUGGCCUUCGGUCUGUUUCUGAGACUACCGGGUUACGCCGAAGUGCUGUUGAGGGAUAAGAAACGGGCGCAGUGUCUUUUGCGGCUUGCUCUUGGUGUUUCCGAUGACGGUGAGGGCGGUGAAGUACUGACCUCGCCGUUGGCUGCCUCGUUGCCGACCUUACCGUUCCAAGUUCUCAAGCAAUUGUUGGACGCCACACCACCGACCACCGACGACGGUCUAUUUCUACGUGAGACCAUCAUAGAAGUGGGCGCCAUGUUGUUGCUGUUGAACUGCCUCGCGAUAUUUACGCAUCAAACCGGACAGAGCGAUGGUUUAGCUGACCAUAAAACUGGUCAGAGCAAUGGUGGCGGUAGCGGUAGCGGUGGGAACGGUGGAAGCAGCGGCGGAGGUGCCAGUAGCAGUAGUGGUAUUGGUGUUGGAGGUGGAGGACGAAGCGACGACACGUCGCAUUUAUAUUGGGCAAAAGGUACCGGUUUUGGUACAGGAUCCACGCAACAAUCGUGGAACGUUGAACAGGCUUUAUUACGCCAACGUUGCGAAGAUGAGCAUGUAACGGUGUUGUUGCAAGUUCUCGCUAGUUACAUCGGCACUUCGGAGGAUAAGCAACCGCAGCGGGAGUUACCUAUACCGUUCCCUGAUUUACUCGCGCGAUCCUGUUUACUUCCGGCAUUGUCAUCGUACCUGCGAAAUGACUCCGUUCUAGACAUGGCCAGGCACAUUCCUUUGUAUCGCGCGGUCCUGCAAUUGCUCCGAGCCAUGGCUCUUUCGAGCCAACUGGCCCCGCUUUUGCUACCGCGCGGCGGUAGAUCGGGAGAACCGUCCGUGGUUUCACUUUUGUCGAGCAUGAGAGUGUGCGUAGAUACAUACGUGAACAAGAUAAAUCGCACAAAGGGCAACAAGACGAACAUGAAGGUGGUCUCUAAGUAUCCCGACGAUACCGAGCAGGACGAAGGAUUGGCCACUUUGAUUCCCGAUAUACAAGAAAGCGCGACUAUAGUACAAAAUGCGACAAGUCGCCUGUCCGGUAUUGGCGACGAGUUACGCGGCUCGAGCCCGACAGCACCGGAAUUACCACUGCGAUCAAGCCUCGAGCAGCGAUAUUUAGAAGUAAUGAAAAAUCUGCAAUUCGAUACCUACGAAAUGAUUACCGAGAAUCCAGACGGUGGGGGUUACAAAUUCGCCGUUUCGUAUCACUUCGAAUCGAAUAUGAGGGCAGCCGGCGAAAGAAGUCAUCCGACGCGAGUUAAAAGAUUAGCUCAGGAAGCCGUCACACUCUCGACAGCGCUGCCUUUGUCCUACAGCAGUAGCGUGUUUGUAAGAUGCGACGCUGAUAGAUUAGAUAUCAUGAAGGUACUCAUAACAGGGCCAGCAGAAACGCCGUACGCAAACGGUUGUUUUGAAUUUGACGUAUACUUUCCUCCUGAUUAUCCUAAUAGCCCAAUGUUAAUAAACCUAGAGACAACCGGCCGUCACACCGUGCGCUUUAAUCCAAAUUUAUACAAUGACGGAAAGGUCUGUCUCAGCGUACUUAACACGUGGCACGGUCGGCCCGAGGAAAAAUGGAACGCGCAUACGAGUAGUUUCCUUCAGGUCUUAGUAUCGAUACAGUCACUAAUCUUGGUGUCUGAGCCCUACUUCAACGAACCUGGAUACGAACGAUCACGAGGUACAUCGAGCGGUGCCCAAUCUAGUCAAGAGUACAAUGCGAAUAUUUGUCAAGCUACCGCCAAGUGGGCAAUGCUCGAUCAAAUACGCAAUCCUUGCCCAUGCUUCAAAGAGGUGAUACACACUCACUUCUGGAUAAAAAGACAUGAGAUUGUUGCACAAUUGGAAGGAUGGAUAAGAGAUAUAGAGAUGCACGGAUCGGACCGCAGAUCCAGUCGUACUAUUUCUCUUAACGUGUUGUCUCUGAGAAGACAUUAUAGAUUGUUGAGAGAGGAAUUGAACAAACUGCCAACGCCGAAGGGAUUAGAAGAUUUAGCUGAACCUCUCGCGUCGCCAGGCUCACCGAUCGAACUGUCAGGAACCCCAGGCACAACACCGAACACACCGUCGACGGCGUCAACAGCCAUCACCACUACUGCCGCCGCCGCCGCCGCCGCCGCUGCCGCCGCCGCUGCCGCUGCCGCGAGCACAGUGACGGCCAAUCCUGUCGCUACUAGCACUAUGAUACCGAUCAGUAAUAGCAGUGCGAGUAGUCACACACAUCACGACAUCGACACGGAUGUCGAGAUGGAAAAGAUGGUUUCGAAAAUGUGUGAAUAGCUAAAGGAUAUUAAUAGACAUUGUUGGACAUUUUAAAAAUCUAUUGUUUGUGUUACGAUAUGAACAAAUAAUGGACUGAAAUCAAGUGCAUAGGUUCGCGCUCUAUCCAGCAGCUGAUCUGCAGACGAUCAGUACAAGCAAAAAAAGUCAUGAUUUUUGACCGAAACACACAAAUAACACUGACACACUGAUGAUUUCUAUUUAAUGAUAACAAUGUGAGAUGAGAAACAAACAAACGCGCAGGUAAAAGAAACAUAGUUGUGGUAGAGCGAGAAAGAAAAGUAAUUUACAAAAAAAGAGAACACAUGAGAGAUAGAGAGAGAGAAAGAGAGAGCGAAAGAGAGAGAGAGAGAGAGAGCGAGAGAGAGGGAGAGGAAGAAUAAGUAACGCGAAUAUAAAAAACUCGAGCGUAGUAGAUACUUUUUAUAGCUGCUGCGCUAGUACGUGUACGCUGCAUUCUACUACUUCGUACUACAGUACUACACCAUAAGUAUACUACAACUGUUAUUCGAUAUUUAUUGUAUAUGUUCCUCGUUUAUGUAGCUUAACGCGGAAUUAGUUGCACUCUCGUGUCAAAACUACGGAUGUUAGACACGUCCUUUUCCUUGCCGCUCAUGUCUUUCGUGAGAGCUGAACAUCUCAAAAUUUCAAUGUUGGUAUCCAACCCCCUCGCCUAAACAAUUUUUUUUUUUUCAAAAUAUACCACAGAACACAAAAUAUAGACCGAACACGAGAUUCAUUCUUUUAGACAAAGGACACUUCGCCAGCAGGGAAUGCAGUAUUCAUUCGGUUGUCGAACGAUCGUCGGUUCACGCGGAAACAUCGGAAUGAAAAUCAGUAAAAUCAGUUAACAACCCACACGUAUACCGUCAAAAUGAUCGUUUCUAAGUGCACGACUUACACGUGCAAGAAUUGUCAUAUAAAACUAAGCAACAAGUCGUGCCAGAGGAAACGCGUAUGGAAACGAAUAUCACAAGUCACUCCCCUUUCACGUUGCUACAAACAAUUUAUUACCACGCGUUGCAGAUUUCCACAUAGCACACUGCGCCUUAAAAUAGGUUGCGAGCUCUCGUCAAUUACCUUGUUCAGAGAACAAUAGUAAUGAUUAAUAUACGCCUUAUGAACUAAGUGUGCAACAAUAAAGAAUACACGUUCUAUUUGUAUAUUUGCAUUUUGGUCCACACAUUACAUUCGACUCGCUAUUUGAUACCUACAUUAAAUUUUUACCGCGAAGUUGGUUGCGUUAUUAAAUAAAUGUAAAUUCGAACAUUUGUCACAAAAAUGAUCGAUCGGAUAUAUCGCGAAUAUAUCGCGCGUCAAAUCAGUCAAAUAUAUUCUGUCCCUGCUCAUAUGGUCUUGACGUUCAGUCUAUAUAUUUGAUUGUGUCUGUGUUCGAAAAUGAAUCGACAAGGAGUCAUCAUGGGAGAAAAAUGUAUAAAAUCUCGAAUGUGAACUUCGUACGCGUAUAAUUUUUGCGACAACAUUUUUUUUUACAACGCUUGAUGCAAUUUAUUUUCUUCUCAUUUUCUUCAUUUUUUGAACAAGUAUAUACAUAUGUGUUGCAUGUACAUGUAUUGCGAGAGAACACAGAGCGCGCAUGAUUAACAUUUUACACUUUCUAAAUUAUCAAUUACAACGCAAUCGAUUGUUGAUAUUUCUUGCAAUUGCUUGUGAUCGUUGCAGUUGACAAGCAAUUUAAUAUGAAGGUAAUCAGAAACGUGUAAAUGAUGAUUACAGUUAGGUAAUUGAUAAUCAUUGUUUUGCACUUUUUUUUUAACCAUUCUGAUUCUUAUUACACAUAGGACAUAGAAUAUCGAUAAUAUGUAGAUAAAGGAAACAAACACAAAAAGAUCUUGGAUAUAUGUACAUAUAUACAUAUAUAUAUAUAUAUAGUAUAUUUCAAAAACCACACACAAUCUUCCGCAGGCUUAUGUGCUUAUUGGGCUUACCGGCAGAGAUGCCAGAUUCUGAACACUUGGUAGCAUGGAGGGGAUGCGCACACAACCUCAGAUCG